AAGAAACGUUCCCCGUCUCCGGUCCGGCGGGACGACCUCGAUACCGCCCCCACACCUGCACCUACUGGCCCCUCUACCGACGACACUACUGUGCAUAUCACGGAUGAAAAUGACUUCGCGUUGCUUCUGCCUGGCCGGGAUGGCGAGCUCAUAUCGGAUGCCGAGAGCGACGGUGUCGCAUUUUGCACCCCGGCUAGCGGGGAUGCGACCUGCCAAAGACGCAUGUCAGAUGGCUUCAUCAGUGCGGCGCAUGUCGAAAGGUCGGGAGACUCGAAGUGGAUUCAGAUAACGGGAUGUUUGGACGUCAGCAAAUCACAUCUCGACGACUCCGAUUCAGGGGGACAGUUCGAUGUCCGCUUUCCAAAUGGUGCGAAAUGCACUUUCGGCGGGUACGGCGCGAGCUUCAUCGAGAUUGUCGAGCCCGCAGCAAAUCGCUUCUGUCUCCGGUGCUGCAGCUCAGAGAACGACCAGGAGAACUGCAACUCGAGGCAAGACACGGCGGGCUGUCCGACAGCAAUCCCUGGAACAUACAGCUUCCCCGAUCUUGGUGUCAGCUGC